CCCUUUAGAGUGCAAGCUCUCUGUGAUAGUUUGUCAUCUGUCACCAGCUAAUCCCACCCACUGUGUUACCAGGUGAGUAGUAAUGAUGACACCAGAGCUAGCUAGACAGACAGACAGACAGAGGCCCGGAUAUCACCCUAUACCACGUACUAUAUAUAUAUAUAGCUAUAUAUCAUGUACUCCCACACACAUCACCUUCAGUAUGUUCCAUUCUAGAUCAGGGUGUCUCGGACUCAGCCACAGGAACCCGAGGGCAACAGCAAAGGGGCGCCAAAAAAAUCGGGUGUGUGACGUAAUAUCCGGGGGUAACCCCCCUAGUGACAGAAUCCAGUAUUUUGUCUUUUUUUUUUUUUUAGGGUAAUCUUAAAAUGGCGGCCGACAUGUAAGGAGCUGUAUGGUCCGGGUGUCCGCUCGGGCCCUGUGCGGAGCGGGCGGCCUGUUGGCGGGCGGAGGAGCGGGCGGGCCUGCGCUGCGAGGGCCGGGCGGGCGGGCCGUGCCGGGUGUUGUGGGCGAUCGGCGGGUGUGUUUACAGUCCCAGGCCGCAGUGUGGGUCCGGCCGUCGCGCCGUGUUGGAGUUUCCUUUCGAGUAAUGUCCCCCCCACCCCCGGAUAGGGACACCCCCUCCCUCCCACGGAACACCUUUUCCGGGUGUGACUGGGUCACCGCCACCCGUUUCCUCCUCGCACAAAGCCGCCCGCGCGGCCCGGCAGCGCCAAAAAAAAAAUAAAAAAAAAAAUUCCUCAAUAUCGUAUUGGUUGUAAGGCCCCCCGAGGUACAGUGGAAGUUGUAGUUCUCCUCGUCUUGUUAGGAUUAGCAUUACCAAUAAAGUUAGAUGAAGAUGCAGAAAAAAAAAAAAAGGUAUGAAAUGAACUGUGUGAAUCUUGGAAGAGUGACACCUAAUGGCUGGCGGAGUUCACUACACUCGCCAAUAACAGGCUGUUUACCUGAAUACAGGGUUAUUCUCUAAAGUUCAUACCACCCAAGUGUCCAUAUCUAAAAGGGACAGUCCCGAUUGUGGUCAGAAACCCCUCUGUUUUUCUUUAACAAGCUUAAUUCCCCAUUUUCUAGGAGCUUCAUAUGGUUGGUGUGUCUGAUGUGUAUAAUACUCACAGUAACGUAUCUUUAAACUACAAUAAAUUUGUUUAGAAAUCCGUCUGUGUUGAUCAGAUACAGUUUUCUUGUUCUAAAUUACAUUUUAGUUCCAUAAAUUAUGGCAUACUACAAGCUUGGCCCCCUAAAAUUAAAAUCUCCCUAUUUUUCAUUUUGAAAUGUUUAGUGGUAUGGAAUGGUUUAAAAUAAAUACAUACAUACAUUUUUGAAAUUGAAGCACCAACUUUUUCCAGUUCAGUUAUUUCCCUCAUUAAAGGACAACUAUCACCACAAAAACUUUUAAAGCAACUACUUUGUCUCUGUAUUUCUCCUUCGCCUGACUUUUAGACUCAAAGCAAAGUCUAUGCGUCAAUCCCGACAGCAGUCAUCACUAACAGCUGCAGGGAAUUUACCACAUGACAGGAGGCUUCAUAUUUUGUGUUAACUUUCUUUACUUACUCCACAGCAGCAAAGAACAUAUAAUAAAAAUCACUCAGAUAAGUACAAGGUCUAAUAAGCACCUCCUACUGAGGUAUUUCCUCUUUCUUUGCUGCUCAUCACAAGUCUGGUGGGAUACAGCAUUCGGCACAGUGUUCGCUUUAAUAUGCCAGAUUUGCGCGUUCACGUUUUUUAUUCGCACAUCGAACACUUUUCUAAUGCUUCCGCGUGGUUAAUGUUUGACUCAGCCCUUCAUCUUUCUGAGGUAGAUGAAAGGAGUACCAUUAAAUUGGGCAAUAGUAACAACCCCUGGAUGUUGGGCAAACGUAACAUCCCCCAAUAGGUACUUGGAAACCAGAGUAAUCUGAAUGUACCUUUGCCCUUUCCUGGUUAAAUACGUUAUUAUUACUUCUGCAUUCACAGUCUUGCUUGUUCAGCGAUUUGCUGAAACCGUUCGCCCAUUUCUUAGGCGUUCUGUUUUUUUCUUGUUUCUUAUGGCUUUGCCAUUCAAUAGUUUGCUGUACCGUUCGCGAGUAUCUCGAGCGUAGGGUUCUUUUUGUUCCCGCACUUUUAUUUUGUGAGCGUUUUUUUGGCGUAAGGUCCCAGGCGGCCAUUUUGUUCAGCGUUUUUCUCUGCUACUUGCUAGACACUGGUUUCAACUCUCUCCUGCAGUUUCAGGGAUUCCAGGUUAUUAUUUAAUUUUCACUGCAUUAUUUCUGCCUCACAAUCUACCAACGACCUACUGGGACCUUGUUAAGGUUGGGGUGUGGGAUGGCCAGUCAGGUUUUAAUGCCCAUUAGUCCAGCCUGGGGUGAGCCCCCAUAAUUUAGUGCUGCCGAACGGCAAUUGUCUACGCAACCUCUGAUUUUUUUUUCUGGGUGAACCCCAGUGUGUCACUUACUCCGCAUCUCUAUAAUUGUUGCUUGGAAAGUACCCUAGUGUGUCCCCAGUACCGGUCCCUGAGCCUCUUUUGCCUCAUUGAUGUGCUGAUCUGCUUUUCUAGUUCUGUUAUAUAUUUGGGUGAACCCUAUAUUUUUGCCAUACCAAUUGAGCGUGAAAUGGAAGAUUCACAGCUUCCCACUGACUUACAAGCCCUUAUUAACGCGACUGUGGCACCCUCAGUUGAGAAGGCCUUGGCCAAGGCUCUACUCAUGGGCCCAGGAAAAUACCAAACAAACAACCAAAACACCAGGAGGUGUCAGAGGAAUCAUAUUCCUCCUCCUGGGAACAAUCAUGCCUGGCUAAGCGACACUGGAAAGGCGAGGGAUCUAAGGCGGGCCCUUUCAAGAGCAAGGCCCCUCUUAAACAUGGGAAACGUUCACACGUCAUUUUAUAGCUACAUAAUUUUUUUUGUCACUUGCACAUGCAAGCCCAUGCCUAGCUGUCUCUAAGGAAGAUAUUCCCCUAUCCAUCUUAGAAUCAGGAAGUUCCCAAACAGCCUGCAGGCCUCUCACAGGCUGUGUUCCUGCAUGCAACAAACAAUGUACCCUGACAGGACCCCUUAUCUCGAGAACCGUUCACAGGGCGAGAAGGAAAACACGUAUGGAAGGACCAAAGAAGACAGGGAGCAUGGAUGUUAGCAGAAUCCACCCAGGACCUUUCAUCUGGACCAUAUCCCUUCCAAUCAUCCAGAUAUUGAAGAUGACCCCGGAACAUGAGAGAAUCAAGACCAGACUGAAUUUUAUAUUCCUUGACACUCAACGUAAAGAAAGGAUGGAGGUACAACAUGAUUAGUGAACCUUUUUCAUGUCAAGGACUUUAUCAAGGAGACUUUGAAUAUUCAAAGCAGGGGCAGUUCAAUAUGUUCAUCAAUUAAUGGCAUUCUCUGUGAAGGAAAUGUGGAGAGAAGAACAAUAGUUUGAAAACCAUAAUUAAGAAAGAAAGGACCGUAUUAAGUAGAUUCACAAACCACAUUCUUAUUUGCAAAUUCAGCCCAGGGAAUCAAGCUACCUCAAUUGGCCUGACGUGCAGAAAUUAAACCUUUUAAAUAUUGUUCCAGCUUUUCAUUUUCUGCUGGGCCAUUAGGUUGCGGGUGAUAAGUUGAUGGAAACAGAGUACAGAAGGCCCUCCAGAAUCAGGAAACAAAUUGGGUACCUCUGUCCAAUAUUAUUGGAAUAGGUAUGUCAAGUAAACCAAAGACAUCUUUAGGGAAUAUUUCAGCGAAUUCAGGUUAAGUGGGUAGCUUUGCCAGAGAAAAAAAAAAAGUGGGCCAUUUUUGAAAACCCAUCCAUUAUUGACAAUAUAACAGGUUUUUUUUUUGUCUGAUAUGUGUACACCAACAAUAAAAUAUGUGUGACUAUUACCCAAUUUAAUGGUACUCAGUUUAUCUACCUCGGAAGGAUGAAGGGCUGAGUCAACCCUGCGACCCAAGGAUUGAACAGAUUCUACUGAUGAUGCAUUAGCCUACUGAGCUAUCUCACCGGCUGUAAUAACAAGUAUGUUUGUUUAACUCUUAGGUGUUCAGGUGGCACAAACUUUACCUCCAGGAGCUAAUUCUGGUGUUUGACCUGGUUUUGCUAGGAUAUCAGUAAUAAGUGUAGACUGUAUUUUAGUACUGACAUUGGCUACUAUGCCUUAUUAUUAUUAUCGCCAUUUAUAUACCGCCAACAGAUUCCGUAGCUCUUUACAAUAUUAUGAGAGGGGGGAUUUAACUAUACAUAGGACAACUACAAGAAAACUUACAGGAAUCGGUUGAAGAUGACCCUGCUCAAACGAGCUUACAGUCUAUAGGAGGUGGGGUAUAAAACACAUUAUGACAGGAAAUAUCAAUCAAAUAAGGUGAGAGUGAAGCAGAGCUGAAGGAGAGAGUAGAGUGCUGCCCUUUAGGAGAGAGCAAGAGACAGGUAUGUAAGGUAGAGGUUACUCUGGGAGGGCAUAAGCUUUCCCAAAGAGAUGGGUUUUAAGGCACUUCUUAAAGGAUUGAAGACUAGGGGAGAGUCUGAUGUGGGUAGGCAGGCUAUUCCAUAGGAAGGCAGUCACCAGCGAAAAGUCCUGCAUGGGUGCAAGCAGUGGACAGGAAAAGGUCACGGGCAGAGCAGAGAGACCAAGAAGGGGCAUACCUAUGGAUCUGUGAAGAGAUAUAAGAGGGGCUAGAAUUGUUUUGUGCUUUAUAUGUAUGGGUUAGCACUUUGAAUUGACUCCUAUAGGAUACAGAAGGCCAAUGUAAGGACUGACAGAGGGGUGAGGUGUAAGAGAACCGACUAGAGAGGAAAAUCAGUCUGGCGGCCCCAUUCAUUAAAGACUGUAGCGGGGCAAUACAGCUUUUGGGAAGACCAAUCAGGAGAGGGUUACAAUAAUCCAUGCGGGAAAUUACUAGAGCAUGGAAAAGCUCCUUGGUAUCAUCUUUUGUAAGAAAGGGGCGGAUGUGGGCAAUGUUUUUGGUCCUCUGUAUUAUAUUUAUUUUGUGUUCCACCACCCUUCUCUCUAUACUUCCCCACGGGUGCGUAUUUUCGUGAGGUACACUAUUUGUAGGGUGGUUGCACUGUUUUGUUUUGUGUUUAUAUAUAGUACAUACCUUUUUGAUCCAGGAUGUAAGAAUUGUUCUGGACUUUGGGACAGUACAGCUCCUACUCCGGUCUCAGCAGCAUCUACCUCUAGUAGGAAAGGAAGAUUUGGAUCAGGGUCUCAAAUGCAUCCAAAACAUCAGGUGUCCAAUUUGUGAUUGGUCGAAGAGACAUUUCUCCAGCUUACAGUACAAUGAGUCUGUGAUGUAUGUCUGGCAGGGAAUUUCUACAUAAGUGUCAUAACACGUCAUUAAUCAAGUCUUGGAAGAAAGCUGGGGCGUUACAUAGCCAAAAGGGCAUCACCAUAUAUUCAUAAUUCCCAUAUCUGGUGUGGAAAGCAGUCUUCCAUUUGUCUCUUUUUCAAAUUCUGACCAGAUUUUUUUGCAUGCCCCUCAGAAAUCCAGUUUUGUGAAUACUGUGAAACCUUUCAAAUAACUCUGUUCCUAAAGGAAUAUAAUAAGCAUUCCGCACAGAAGUUCUAUUUAAUCCUUUAAUAGGUCUGAGAUGACUUUUUUGGACAAAGAAAAAGCCUGCCCCUGCAGGUGAUAAGGACCUUCUAAUACGUUUUUUUCCCCCUCAAAUUUUCCUUAAUAUAUUCCUCUAAGACUAGAUUCUCUUUGGCUGAAAGAGGAUACAAAGUACCCCUAGAUGACAUAGUACUAGUUAAUAGGUCUGCAGUGCAAUCAUAGGGACGGUGUAGACUCUUCCCUUGUCAAAUACUUAUUUGAUAUCAAAAUGUAACACAGGAACUUCUGUUGACAAGGGUGCAUGGUAAGAAUAUUUAUAAGAAGAAUAGGUUUCACAUUGGUAAUACACAUCUGAAGACAAUGCAAGAUGCAAUGUCUCCUUUUCCCCCCCAAUCUAUCAAGGGAUCAUAGACACACCCAAGGCCUGUAUCCAGGGGAAUUUAAGUGCAAGAAUUUUCCGGCCUACUGGGACAAGUUAAGCGGAGAUUCCUCUUCUCUCCCCCCCCCCGCCACAUUUCAAACACAACCCUUCUUUUCUUCUGUAUGGUUUUCAGUCUUAGUUCCAUCAGUUUAGGAACGGUCAAGGCCAUAGAGUCAGCAGGGUUCAACAAUGCAGCCAAUCUAAUAGAAGUCCUUCUUGGUCUCUCUCUAGUAUUUUACCUAUGAUGUUAGUUUAUAUACUGAAUGUAAUGAACCUCAUGUACCCAGAGUGGUAGAUUCGUCUGGACUCUCCUGAAUUCCCGCAAGGUUCGUGUAAUUAAAACCGCUCAAUCGCAUAACCAAACAUCAGUUGAGACUAGAUGAAGGGUAUAAAAGAUGAAGGGUACACGCAGACCACCAGCAUGGGGUCUCCAGCAAAACACAGGUAAGACCGCCCAGGCAUCUGUGUCUGGGAGAUAAGGGAGUUUGUUUUGCUUAAACUAAUCAUUUCCCCAGGCACUAGAGGUACAGUGCAUAAUUCACCAGACACCCCCAAACAUGUACAAUAUUAAUAGGAAACCCCAGAUCGGAGCGCCCAAGUUGUCCAAAUAGUGUUCAGAUUCCUGUAGCGUAACCGAUCAUCACCGGAGUAAUGUUUUGACCGACCACACGUGGCUGCUGCCCAAAAUAGUUCCAUAAGAAAAGGGGGUAGUGGCUGGUCAAUCUUCGGGAGUGAAAGGAUAAAUGCUGUUCUGGACUCAACUCCCCUCGAUUCUCGAUCCCCCGUCACCACAUCAAUUGAUGGGAGAUCUUGUUUGGCAAAUAAGACACACAGACACGAAAGAGUGCUCAACAAGUUCUCAAUGAGUAUAUUUUCAGGGCUAGCAUUUAUACACAGUUUGUCAUGCAAGCAGUGAGAUCUAUAGUGUCCUUGUAGUUAAUAGUACAUACUUGUCGGACAUGAAAAAGAUAAGCAUUUGGAUAAAGACGAGACAGGAACAUCCUAAGGUCAAGGAAGGUCAUACAUCCUGUAGACGAAAGACCUUGGUACAAAAUACAUUUGCCAAAGUCAGCAUAAUUAUUUCAAACAUUAUUUUAAAGCAAGAAAGAGUUUAACUAUUUCAUAUCCUUACAGUCAGUACUAAUGAUUAUAAACCUUAUCUAAGCAUAAAAUACAUAUGAACAAGGAAAGUUAACUAUUUCAGCUUUCAUCCCCCCUCUUUGAGCAAUACACUUGCUCAUAUCAUUGAUAAGAUCUUCCCAGGACAGAGACACUUCCACAUUAUGGCAUUCCCAAGCAAUCAUGUGGUCUACAAGAAAGAGAAACUAAGCAGGAAAAAAGACACUUAAUACUUUUACAGACAGAUAUAUAGAAAAUUUAUGUUUAAGACAAAAUGGAACUUGGGCUUAUAGCAAAUAUAUUAUUGCAAGUAGCUGACAUGUUAACCAAUUUUAAACAGACUAACCAGCCUGUCAUCUGUAUCGUAAGCCCUGGGUAAAUAUGGGCAAAGUGUAUUAUUCCCAACAGUUAUUUUCCUCUUUUGUCCACGGAAGUGGGCGCAUAUAGUCAAAGUGGGAAUAAUACCUAUCCCCCGUUCAAGGACCGGGGUCUAGGAUUACCAGUCCACCCGAUGAUCUGGGGCCAGGCAAAAAACCCAGUGGCAAAAACUCAUAUUUGAGGAAAAAGCACAUCUGGGGAAAACCUGAGUGGGGGCCGCGAUCGUGUUAGACAUGUCAUCCCCUCACAGUUGACACCACUUGUGACUUAUAAUACCCGCACCUGUGAGUACAUAGCUCGGGUAUCGGGAGGAAUUGGGAAACACUUCUUACAUAUUAAUUCAUGAGAUAAAUUAUAAUCUAGCUUGAAAUUCUGACAAUAAUAACCAGGACCUUGCGUCCUAUAUCUUUUAACCAUUUCCCUAUUCCAAAGGUCCAGUCAAAACCAGUCAUAUCCUCACGCAGUUCCUUAAAACAUGGGAAUCCAUCCUUGGCACACUCAACAUAAAUCAAAAGAGACACAUAGUACAUCCAUCCCUGGGUCAGCUAACACUUCCUCUCUCUCUCCGGCUAACUCUACAAAAGUAAAAAUAAAAAUAAAAAUAGUUCAAUAGUUCAGCAUAGUUCAGAAAAAUAGAAUAAGUCUUUCACAGAGUAUAAAUAAAUCAGUUUAGACACCAGACAUUUUGUUCCAUAAAAUGGCUAAGGGUAGCAAUAUGGCUGACAACAAGACAAUGUCAGCUUCCAAAUAGUUCUUCUUUUGUUUGCUGGAUUUUCACCACAAUGCUCUGUGCAACACCCCAAUGGUUGAAAGGGUUAUUACAGAACCAGCGGUAUUAGACAGCACUGCACCUUCAGGACUUUCCAGGUUCUUGCGUGCAAAGUUUAUGUCCUCAUAAGUAUCUCAGUUUCUUUGGCCUGCAUGGAUAAUGACCAAACAGAUGUAAUUGCAAAAUACUUAUUGCAUGGUCAGCCGGAGAGAUUGAUGUGUAGUCCCAGAAAUCAGGUGGCACAAACACUCCAGGACGGUCUCUACAAUCAUACAAACACAAGGAUCAAUACAACAUCAUUAAUUAAUUACCUAGGCUAAACUUAAAUUAGAGACUAAAGUUAAACUCUUAACUAGUGUAACAUGUACUUCUCUCAGUUUUGCUUAUAAUUCAUUGAAUUUGUCCUUUAUAAAAUUUGAAUACAUAAUUUCCCUUUAAAAUGCCUUGUAUGGAUGAGAGAAGCACUCACUCUAUAGAAAUGUUUGUUAGGAUGAAUAUUAAAACACUAACAUUUGCAUAUACAUUCCCAAUAAAAUUUUGUUCCUAAACUUGAACCUUGAUUUGAUAAUCUCAAUUAAUUACUUAAAUAAAAUUGGAAUGCUGAAGUCUGUCAGUUUUGUGGACCCUGAUAACCUCUUUGGAAACCAGUGGCCUCUGAUAAGGAAGGGACAGCAAACUGUAGACAUAUGUUAUAUUAAGUUGCCCUCACUUGUCAGGUCUUGGAAACACACUUAUUUUAUUGCAGAUGCCUCUAGGAUACCACGUUACAUAUUGAUUAAGCAUACUUAUUAUCCUAUUUUAGUUAUUUCACAUUGCGCAGCCUAUGCAAACAAUGUCUAGGUCCCAACUUCAGCUUGUACAUCCUCUAAGAGCCAGUAUUAAUACUGUUUUAUCUAUCAAAACUAUAUAUAAAGUAUUAAAAACAUGAACCAUCUGUGUAUUAGGCUGAGGUUGUUGGGUGUGGGUAUAGCUUGAAAGUUAUGGUUGGUAUUGAGGAACCUGCCAGAGUGGGAGUCCUUAGCACCGGGUUCUCCUUUGUCUCCUUGAGCACCAGGUUCACCAUUGUUACCCUUAGGUCCAGGGGAACCUUUGGGGCCCUGAGGUCCAGGAGCACCAGGGAAGCCAGGGACACCAUCAAUACCAGUGGGGCCAGCUUGACCAGGAGAACCGGGUUCACCUCAAGCACCUUAGGGUGAAUCCCUGCUAUCCACAAUUAAAACAGUGCUGAAGUUACCACCUCUACAAAAGUUAGAAACUUUGACCAAAUCCUCUACCUUUGCCUUUAAAACUUUUCUGAUUCAAUCUCCUAUCACCUCCCAAAUUUCUUUGUCUCGCCUGCUUAGGAUCACAAUCCUUGUGACUGCUACAACAUACCUUUUCCUUCUUUCUUUCUAUCAAAACAACCUGCUGUAUCUUUCUCAUGAAUCUUCCCAAGAAAUUCAUUUGGGGGCAAAAAGGGCCAGUCACAGACCAGCAAGGAACAAAAGUGAACAAGGAGGAAGCAUAUUCUAUAUGCAGGUCGGGAUUACCGAACUCACACCCCCUCUUUGUGUACCACACAGAUAUAAUAUUAAUAAGCUUUUAAACGUUUAAUGGAUAGUUAAAUUGUGUAUAAAAAGCAAGGUUGUCUAGGGGUAUAUACAUCGACAAUGAAAGCAUAGCCUUCAUUUAGGGCUUGAAAUACUGACAGUCUGUGUCAUGAGCAUAAUGCAGACAUGCGGUUAGGUACUUUUCCAUUGUUAUAAUAUAUUGAAAACACUAAGACUUUGCAAAAAAUUUUAAAACACAUAUUGCUUCCUGUACCUGAGGCCGUGCAAGGAUGUAGUUAGGAUAUAUUUCAAAUUGAGUAUCAAAAGUUUAACCACAAAACUAUAUGUUAUACACUUCUUAAGAAAACAAGUUUAACCCGUUAGUGCGUACAUUGGAUAGCCUCUUUGCAUAAUUUGGCUCCUAGUGAGAUUAUUAUAUUUAUCCUCUUCUGGAUCUGCAAAAUGCUUUCACUUUACCGAUACAAAUAUAAUACAGUAGUUUAGGAGAUUAAGAUUAACUCACUUAUAAAUUUCCGAAAUUGUCUAAUCUCCAAUAAAAAUACCAUGUUAUUAUUACCCCAUAAUCAAUGAGGCAUUCUAGAUGAAUCUUACUUUGACACAAACAAUGCAAUAUACUUUAAAAGUAGAGUUAACUCUGAGCUGGACAAUACUCCCCUAUUAGAACUCCUUUAUGAGGGAGAGACAUCUUGUCCAUUCAAUCCUUUUUAUCAGUAAAAGAAUGACUUUCAGGAUUAAUCAAUUUGCAAAUGGAAAUGAAGAGCCACGAUUUGAACAGCAGAAGUUUGCGGGGCCCCUUUCACGUGGGAUGUAACAAGCGCUUUUCUUGCUCCAGGAGCGAUAGCAUACAAUUGUUUCAUUCUAGCCGGCUGGACAGCAUUUCACCUUUUGUAAAAACACUAAAUUACUCUGCUAGUUAAACUCCUACACAAUGGACAAUAAAAUACAUGAAACACAUAACACACCAAUUCAUUUCAAACCAUAUAACUCAUACUCAGCAUCCAAUGUAAUAUUACAUGUCAUCUCACAAAACAGACGUAGUAGAUACACGUAUCGGGUACCCAGCAGAUAUGCCAAUACAGAAAACACAUUCAUGGGCACGCAACUACACACUCUGUGUCCCUCCUAGGAAACACGGGUAGACACAAUAUGAAAGCAGUCUUAAACUAACACCUCCAAAUCUCCAUUCCCAUAUAGCUAUACCAGACCACAACACAGAGCCUCUCUGAGCUCAUAGAACUACUCCAACUCAAACUACUCUUGGCCAAACCGCUAGUAUUCAACAGCUAAUAAAACAGUUAUUUGCUAGGUUAUUUGGCUGGCAUUUGUAUCAGUAUCACUAGACUGAAACAAACUGAUUCAAAUAUAAUUUAAAACAACACAGCAACAUAUAAAUUAAACCACUCUCCAGUUAAGCUGCACACUUCACACAUUAUCACAAUCACCAUUUACACAGAAUAAACAAUUAACAGCUGUACUCAGAACAUAUUAUUGUAAGGUAUACCAAUUUUAGUUUGUAUUAGAUUUAUUUUAGGAAUUCUUAUGCAUACAUGUUUUUUUUCUAAUUAACGUCAUUACUUUAAUCUACUACAGUAUUGUAUAUAAAGAAAGGAUCCAUUUAUAUAGCGCGCUCAUAACUCAAAUAUUUGUCUGAAACGUCCAUUAACUAAUCUGAGAUGAUGCUGCAUCAAUUUUAAAUCUUACAGAAAUUUUGCAAACAUCUGGACCAGAUUACACAGACAUGGUUUCACCCGAAUCUUUCAGAACUCUCAGAGACUUAAAAAAAUUUAUACUAUACCAUGUUUUAAAGGCAUGGCAAACCUUAGACCGGUCAGUCUCCAAGAGCCUUUGUAACACAGGUAAAAACCUUUGUCCAUGAGCUCUGAUCCAGGCUAUAUACCACAAUUUAAAAGAACACAUAUAAUGUGAGACAUAGAAGACACAAAACAUAUGCAGUAGCUGAAUCAUUUAAAGCAUCUGUAGCAAUAAAAAGGUUAGCUUUCAGCACAAAAUGAAGCAUGUGUUGGACCGCUGAAAAUGUAAAUGUUGCUCUCUUAUUUACAAACAAAUCAUAUUUACAGUAUGGAUCCUUUGCAACAAACACACAGGGCAGGGAAGAUGUGCUGAUUGGUGUUCUAUACAAUUAAUCCCAUACGGGGAAUUAACUUUCAAAUACUAAUGAAGUGACUUUUUGUCUCAGUUAUAAAAAUACUGAGCUCAUCAUGCAAACAAUGCAACACACUUACACUAUCCCACUCUCAUAAUAAGUGUAGUGGGCUUAUGGUAUUAAAGUAAUAAUCAUAGCAGGCACACAGAUCCCAUGUGAAAUAACUUGCAAUAAAACAGAGUAAUAAACUUAUACUUCUAUGCAACAGAAAGAAUAAAACAAAAGAUUUAAGUAGGUCUAUCAGGUACAACCUGCGAGUCAGUUCUUUUCUAAUAUACAGUACUGGUAUCUUUUAUAUAUAUAUAUAUACAUAUAUACAUAUACACAUAUAUAUACACAUAUACACAUAUAUAUAUACACAUAUAUAUACAUAUUGGUCACUCAGGACCUGAACUUACAUUUCCCAUACUGCUGACUCAGGGCAGACACACUACUAACUUACCAAAGUGUGUCCCCAAUACAGACAAUAACCCACAAAGAACACUUAAGACAAACAAAGGUGACCGGGAGAAAGAGAAGUUUGGGGUAUACUUAUAGAUCUUUAAACUGUGCUCCUCAGAACACCUAUAAUCUUAAUAAACCGGAGACCUCUUAUGGUCUCAAAACCUGUAUCUACCUGAGAUACCCUGUAUCUAUCUUAGAUACUAACCUGGGUUACCAAAACCCUAUAAUAAACCGGAGACCUCUUAUGGUCUCAAAAACCUGUAUCUAUCUUAGAUACUAACCUGGGUUACCAAGAACCCCUAUAUAUAUUUAGACCAAAUGUCUAAUAAGCCAGAGACCUAUUUACAGUCUCAAUAUAACUAAAGUCCUUACACCUUUCCUUUCUACUGGAUACAGACUUACUGAACCAAAGGGGGUCAUAGACAAUUAGCGUCAAUAAGACACAAAAAGGCUACUCACCCAAUGGUUUUGCUGAUCCCACUUCUAGACACCAAGCUGAAAGGAUAAAUGCUGUUCUGGACUCAACUCCCCUCGAUUCUCGAUCCCCCGUCACCACAUCAAUUGAUGGGAGAUCUUGUUUGGCAAAUAAGACACACAGACACGAAAGAGUGCUCAACAAGUUCUCAAUGAGUAUAUUUUCAGGGCUAGCAUUUAUACACAGUUUGUCAUGCAAGCAGUGAGAUCUAUAGUGUCCUUGUAGUUAAUAGUACAUACUUGUCGGACAUGAAAAAGAUAAGCAUUUGGAUAAAGACGAGACAGGAACAUCCUAAGGUCAAGGAAGGUCAUACAUCCUGUAGAUGAAAGACCUUGGUACAAAAUACAUCUGCCAAAGUCAGCAUAAUUAUUUCAAACAUUAUUUUAAAGCAAGAAAGAGUUUAACUAUUUCAUAUCCUUACAGUCAGUACUAAUGAUUAUAAACCUUAUCUAAGCAUAAAAUACAUAUGAACAAGGAAAGUUAACUAUUUCAGCUUUCAGGGAGCUCCUACACAAAUUCACGCGAAGGCUCCCCCUGGCUCGUGGGGAGCAACUGUUCCCCUCGUUUGGGAGUAUCCUUUGCCCGAACAGAGCGCUUCUAGCUUGUCUGUGAGAGAAGCGGCGACGAUACAAGGUUCCCGGGGUUCGUGAGUUCAGGUAUCAGUUCUACGCACUCGACCAAGUACCACUGCCUGCAAUCGGGAGAUAAAAUGGCCGCUAUUCACUGUAGCACGUGCAUUCGGUUAUAAGAAAGGUGGCAACCAAGAGAGAGCACUUGUGGUUCUCUUUGAAGAUAAUGAGCCAGGGGGUCGGGGAAAAUGAAAAUAGUUUCAGGGCAGUUUGUCACACGUGAUACGCAAGAAAUCAAGUACUAUAAGUUCUUUGGUGGCUAUCUUGUCCAAUAUACGAUCAGACAUAAUUCAGAAAAACUUCAAAACGCCUGAUUAUUCCAUUGUACUUCUGCUGAUAGGACCUGAAUUCUAAGGUGUAAUUGACCAAGGUCUAUUACCUUGUUUCAGGUGAAGGAAGGAUCUGGCCGCAUUAGCUUAUCUAUCUGGAGGAUCAAAUUUUCUCCUAAAAGAAAUGCCAGAUAAUUAUAGACUAAAGGUUUAUCAUUUUCCCACAAGGGGUUGGCCCACACCAAUACCUUAUCUAUAACCAGGGUUAUAAUAAACCCUGUUGUGGCUCCAUCAGUGGGAUAGGCCCUAGAUUGUAAUUCAAAGUCGGUACUUAUCUGGUUCAGAAAACCUUGACAAGUAUUAGGCGCUCCACCCCGGCGUAUUAGUGAAGUCCAUAAGAUUCAGCAAAGUCUGCAAAGCAUGAGUACACUGGUCCAUAUGAUGGUCCAUACCCUUAAAACUAGAAGCAUAUUAUGUGCCCUGGGUGUUUGCAUUUGCAGGGUCCAUAAGGCAUUGUUGUAAUUUAAAUUAUAAAUAAAUUAUGAUAUAGCUAUAAAUGUAUACCAAACCUAAGAGUGGCCAGGGCUUAACUCAGGGACAAGCCAGAGUCAGAGAAACCAGGAAUUAGAAAUAGUGAGGAGUCACAGCAGCUGGCAUUUAGAACUCUGGAGAGAAGGAUCAUGAGGAAGUUCUCAAACAGCCUGCAGGCCUCCCGAGGCUGUGUUCCUGCAUGCAACAAACAAGGUACCCAGACCUACCGGUUUUAAAUAAUUUAAUUAUUGGGCCAUGGAUUAACCCUGAAUUCUUGGUUGCUUACUUUCUGCUGCUGCUCUUCGGUUUAUUAAAAUAAACUUGCAACUUAACCAAAAGCCCCUGUUCCCCCCACUUCCCCUUUGAACAGGAGGGAGUUGUGACGAUCUGAAUGUCGUCACUGGUUCUUGAAGGAGCCUGCUGGCCAGCCUCUUACCCUGUGACUAUGGCCCCUGCAAUAGACCUGGCUAAAAUACUUUUAAAGGCUCUGUUCAUAUGAAGUACCGUAUUUUUCGCUCCAUAAGACGCACCUCACCAUAAGACGCACCUAGUUUUUAGAGGAGGAAACCCAGAAAAAAAAAUAUUCUGAACAAACUGUUCCAUAGUUUCUUACCAUGGGACAGUUUGUUCAGAAUAUUUUUUUUUCUCCCCUGUCCCAUAAUGAUCUUUAACCCCCCUUUCCUCUGUCCCAUAGUGAUUGUUAACCCCUCCUACCCUGUCCCAUAAUGUUCUUUAACCCAUCCUCCCCUUGUCCAUUAGUGUUCUGAUCCCAUAGUGUCCCCCCCUCCCAUUGUCCCAUAGUGCACUUUCCCUCCCAUAGUGUCCCCCCCUGCCCUUGUCCCAUAGUGUCUCCCCCUCCCCUUGUCCCAUAGUGUCCCCCCUCCCCUUGUCCCAUAGUGUCCCCCCCUCCCCUUGUCCCAUAGUGUCUCCCCUCCCUUUCUCCCAUAUAGUGUCUCCCUCCCUUUCUCCCAUAGUGUCUCCUCCCUUGUCCCAUGGUGUGCCCUCCCCCCCCCCUUUCUCCCAUAGUGUCUCCCUCCCCUUUCUCCCAUAGUGUCCCCCCUGCCCUUGUCCCAUAGUGUCUCCCCUCCCUGUCCCAUAGUGUCUCCCCCUCCCCUUGUCCCAUAGUGUUCCCUCCCCUUGUCCCAUAGUGUCUCCUGUCCCAUAGUGUCCUCCUUCUCCCAGUGUCUCCCUCCCUUUUCUCCCUAUGUGUGCCUCCCUCCCUUUUUGUCCCAGUAUAGUGUCCCCCUCCCCUUGUCCCAUAGUGUCUCCCCUCCCUUUCUCCCAUAGUGUCCCUCUCCCCUUGUCCCAUAAUUACUUACCUGUCUUGGAGCGUGGGCCGGCUUCACAGCGCGCUCCACGGUCCAGGAACUUCUAUUUCAGGUUCCGGUUUCCGGCGGGACUGAAAGGAAGUGUGCACACUGAGUGUGCACUUCUUUUCAGUCCUGCCGGAAACCGUAACCUGAAAUAGAAGUUCCUGGACCGCGGAGCACGCUGUGAAGCCGGCCCACGCUCCAAGACAGGUAAGUAAAUCUUCACAUUCGCUCCAUAAGACGCACAGACAUUUCCCCUCACUUUUGAGGGGAAAAAAAGUGCGUCUUAUGGAGCGAAAAAUACGGUAUGUACUCUUGUACUCCAGACAGAGAGACCAACCGUUAGCACUAAUUCUCUGGAACUGUUUUGGGCAUGGGACCAUGUGCACAGUCAGUCAAAAAUAAGACUUCCAGGAAAUUCCUGAAUCCCUGAACUGAUCAGGGCUAUCAGGGGAUGUAACAUUUGUGGGGUUUUAUGUAUUUUUAGGGUACUUUUGGGAUGUUUUAAAAAUGUAUGUUUUUUCUGUGCCUGGAGAUAAUUGUAUUAGAAUUAGUACAGUUACUGAUCCAGUUAUCUCCCAUCCAGAGGGGAGGGAAUGUGUGCUAUGUGUGAGGGUGCCUUACAUUGUAAAUGUGUUAUUAUUGGUUUGUAAGUUUGUGUCCUUGUCCCCAACAAGGUCCAUGUGGACGUACCUAGCUCUUCAAAGAGCUGUUCCUGCUAUGCUCUCUGGACUAGGAGAGGUCUACCCACUGGAAGCUGGAUCCUGGUCUUGGGUCCAGGGUGGGUGGAGGACGGCGAGACCCCAACCAAGCUGCGGCGGUUCGUUGGGUAUUACGGUAGUUAUGGUGUCCGGUGCGGUGCUUAUAGUACUCAAGAAUUACUAGAAAGCAGCAAUUGAUAGAGGUACCCGGUCAGGGUGCCAGGUGGUCCGUCACAGGGGCCAUCUCAGGAGUUAAUUUAACGUUGUGGAUACCCACCUUGCAGUCAGACAGUACCAUGUUGCAGAUAAGAUGGUGGUGUGAGGGGCCUGUUCCUCACUCUCGAUGUGGGCAGAGUCCACUCUCUGUAAACUGGAAGCUUUGAGAACUUUUUUAUCCCAGAUUUCGAGCAGGAGUGGGAAGUUACUUCUCCAUCCUGAUGGGGUGUGAAAGAGACACCAUUGCAUUGCAACCUGCCAUGUAACCUUCAGGUGCUUUUGCCUGGGGGUGUCUACCAGGCCUUGUACCCAGCAGAGUCCAAUGCUUUCAAAAGGCUUAGGCCCUGACCAGCUUUCCUGUCUUGACAUUUUUGGGGACUGGGACUAUUCUUCAGAAAUGCCCAAUAUUGAGUGAAAAUCUUGUGUACACCUUUGUCACAGUCCUCCAGCAUAGUAACUACUUAGUGAUAAUUCAUCAAGGCUUUCCAAAGGCUGUGUCAUCUAAAUUUUCGCUGGUAGGCUGGUUGUCCCAUGCACAGCGGAUUGGCUGCUUAUAACUUAUUGUUUUCCCUCUACAUCCCUCUGUCUUGUACAGACUUGUUUUGUCUUGAUAUAUGAUGCAUAAUAUUCAUAUAAUUAUAAAAGAAUGCAUAAAUGGUGAAUUGUUAUUCAACAUAGUUUUGUGAACAUCACGUGCCUCGUCUUUUAACAUUUUGAUUAUCUUGCUGUUAUUUGGCUGCCCUUUAUGUUUAUUUUCUUUAAAAAUAAAAACAAGGAGGUAUCAAUUACCAGAACAUAAAUCAGCUAUAUUACAUUGCUCUUUGACAUUUAUUAUACUGUAUUCUUUGUCAUGCGUAAAUAAAGUUGACAAAAAUAAAAUAUAAAAAUAUCUCCAAUUUUGCUACAGUCACAACAUGAUUAUUUUGUAUUUAUGAUUGUGUUUUCUGAGUUUAUAAUUGCAACAGAAGGUCCAUGUUCCCCUACAGACCAUUCAUAUUUUGUAAUCCAUUUAGGAAUCCCACAUGUUGUUGGUAACUGUGUGUCAGCACUGUGACUGACUGCUGACCUGGGAUAGCUCCUCCUCCAAUACUGUGCAAUCAGCAAGGAGCCGCCUGUUCCCCGCGCAUGCGCAGACCACAGCAACGCACGUAAGCGUAAGACGUCUUGAGUGACGUAAUAAGACAUGCCACACUAUAGCCAGUUCCAGCCAAUGAAAUUACGGUCUGUGGUUUCCAGCCGCUGAUUGGAUGGCCGAGGUGUUGUUGGUGCAGUCACGCUGCCUGUGAUUGGUUGCGCUGCAGUGGCCGCGGCCUGCUCCUCCUUGUUCUCUCCCGGGGACAGAAAGAGGAGAGCAGAUCCCGGGGUGAUCGAAGAGAUCCGGCGUGGAGAGGUACGCGAGGCCGCAGGCGAGCUCGGGAAACCGAGCCAGAUGUUAUGAAUGACCCAUAGCCCUGUUAGAGAUCUGUGUCAGCGCUAGACAGUGGGUUUAGGAAAACACAGAGCAUGAACAUUAUACCGGUACCUUCCUAUUGCAACAGAACAGGGGGGGUAAUGUAUCCUGGGAACUGGGUAAAACACAGCGACAUUAACGGCAGAGACAGUGUCCGGGUUAAACACGGCGACAUUAACGGCAGAGACAGUGUCCGGGUUAAACACGGCGACAUUAACGGCAGAGACAGUGUCCGGGUAAAACACGGCGACAUUAACGGCAGACACAGUGUCCGGGUAAAACACGGCGACAUUAACGGCAGACACAGUGUCCGGGUAAAACACGGCGACAUUAACGGCAGAGACAGUGUCCGGGUAAAACACGGCGACAUUAACGGCAGACACAGUGUCCUGGUAAAACACGGCGACAUUAACGGCAGAGACAGUGUCCUGGUAAAACACGGCGACAUUAACGGCAGACACAGUGUCCGGGUAAAACACGGCGACAUUAACGGCAGACACAGUGUCCGGGUAAAACACGGCGACAUUAACGGCAGACACAGUGUCCGGGUAAAACACGGCGACAUUAACGGCAGACACAGUGUCCGGGUAAAACACGGCGACAUUAACGGCAGACACAGUGUCCUGGUAAAACACGGCGACAUUAACGGCAGACACAGUGUCCGGGUAAAACACGGCGACAUUAACGGCAGACACAGUGUCCGGGUAAAACACGGCGACAUUAACGGCAGACACAGUGUCCGGGUAAAACACGGCGACAUUAACGGUAGAGACACAGUGUCCGGGUAAAACACGGCGACAUUAACGGUAGAGACACAGUGUCCGGGUAAAACACUGCGACAUUAACGUCAGAGACAGUGUCCGGGUAAGACACCGCGACAUUAACGUCAGACACAGUGUCCUGGUAAAACACUGCGACAUUAACGUCAGAGACAGUGUCCGGGUAAAACACAGCGACAUUAACAGCAGAGACACAGUGUCCGGGUAAAACACGGCGACAUUAACAUCAGACAGUGUCCGGGUAAAACACUGUGACAUUAACGUCAGAGACAGUGUCCGGGUAAGCAUACCGCGAUAUUAACAUCGACAGUGUCCGGUAAAACAUCAGCAUAAACGCAGAGACACAAAGUGUCCGCAAAACACGCACAUUAACAGCAGAGACACAGUGUCCGGUAAAACACGACAUUAACAUCAGACAGUGUCCGGUAAAACACUGUGACAUUAACGCUGUAUGGUGUCCGGUAAGACACCGCAUAUUAACAUCAGACAGUGUCCGUAAAACACCGACAUUAACGCAGAGACACAGUGUCCGGGUAAACCACAGCCAUUAACGGCAGAGACACAGGUCCGGCAAAACACAGCCAUUAACGCAGAGACACAGUGUCCGGUAAACACGAACAUUAACGCAGAGACACAGUGUCCGGGUAAAACACGGCGACAUUAACGGCAGACACAGUGUCCGGGUAAAACACGGCGACAUUAACGGCAGAGACACAGUGUCCGGGUAAAACACGGCGACAUUAACGGCAGACACAGUGUCCGGGUAAAACACGGCGACAUUAACGGCAGACACAGUGUCCGGGUAAAACACGGCGACAUUAACGGCAGACACAGUGUCCGGGUAAAACACGGCGACAUUAACGGCAGACACAGUGUCCUGGUAAAACACGGCGACAUUAACGGCAGACACAGUGUCCUGGUAAAACACGGCGACAUUAACGGCAGACACAGUGUCCAGGUAAAACACGGCGACAUUAACGGCAGACACAGUGUCCGGGUAAAACACGGAGACAUUAACGGCAGACACAGUGUCCGGGUAAAACACGGCGACAUUAACGGUAGAGACACAGUGUCCGGGUAAAACACGGCGACAUUAACGGUAGAGACACAGUGUCCGGGUAAAACACUGCGACAUUAACAUCAGAGACAGUGUCCGGGUAAGACACCGCGACAUUAACGUCAGACACAGUGUCCUGGUAAAACACUGCGACAUUAACGUCAGAGACAGUGUCCGGGUAAAACACAGCGACAUUAACAGCAGAGACACAGUGUCCGGGUAAAACACGGCGACAUUAACAUCAGACAGUGUCCGGGUAAAACACUGUGACAUUAACGUCAGAGACAGUGUCCGGGUAAAACACGGCGACAUUAACAACAGACAGUGUCCGGGUAAAACACUGCGACAUUAACGGCAGAGACACAGUGUCCGGGUAAAACACGGCGACAUUAACAGCAGAGACACAGUGUCCGGGUAAAACACGGCGACAUUAACAUCAGACAGUGUCCGGGUAAAACACUGUGACAUUAACGUCAGAGACAGUGUCCGGGUAAGACACCGCGACAUUAACAUCAGACAGUGUCCGGGUAAAACACUGCGACAUUAACGGCAGAGACACAGUGUCCGGGCAAAACACAGCGACAUUAACGGCAGAGACACAGUGUCCGGGUAAAACACAGCGACAUUAACAGCAGAGACACAGUGUCCGGGUAAAACACAGCGACAUUAACGGCAGAGACACAGUGUCCGGGCAAAACACAGCGACAUUAACGGCAGAGACACAGUGUCCGGGCAAAACACAGCGACAUUAGCGGCAGAGACACAGUGUCCGGGCAAAACACAGCGACAUUAAUGUCAGACACAGUGUCCGGGUAAAACACCGCGACAUUAAUGUCAGACACAGUGUCCGGGUAAAACACUGCGACAUUAACGUCAGACACAGUGUCCGGGUAAAACACCGCGACAUUAACGGCAGAGACACAGUGUCCGGGCAAAACACAGCGAAAACACAGCGACAUUUACGGCAGAGACACAGUGUCCGGGCAAAACACAGCGACAUUAACGGCAGAGACACAGUGUCCGGGCAAAACACAGCGACAUUAACGUCAGACACAGUGUCCGGGUAAAACACUGCGACAUUAACGUCAGACACAGUGUCCGGGUAAAACACCGCGACAUUAACGGCAGAGACACAGUGUCCGGGCAAAACACAGCGACAUUUACGGCAGAGACACAGUGUCCGGGCAAAACACAGCGACAUUUACGGCAGAGACACAGUGUCCGGGCAAAACACAGCGACAUUAACGUCAGAGACAGUGUCCGGGUAAAACACUGCAACAUUAACGGCAGAGACACAGUAUCCGGGCAAAACACGGCGACAUUAACGGCAGAGACACAGUGUCCGGGCAAAACACAGCGACAUUAACGGCAGAGACACUGUCCAGGUAAAGCAUAGCGAUUUUUUUUAAAUUUUUUUUCUUUAAUUAUCCAAAUAAUCCAGUCCUGUGUGUGUGUAAAACAGACAUUCAAAUUUAUCGGGUGCAACAUACACUUUUAGAUUUUAAAGGAUGUUGCUGAAUUAGCAUAAACUACUCUUUUCAUAGUGGCAUAUCCACUUUGAAUUGCAUUUUCAAUUCUGUUUGUUUUGUCCCAUUAAUAUAUGUUUAUUUUCUUUUUUCACAGAUUAACUGAAAACUGUAACAAGAUGGCGGUUUAUACAUGUAAUUUUAUGCUUGCUUCUCUCAGAUCUCGGUAAGAGUAUUUUUCUACAUUUCUAUUGACUUGAUAUAGUUAGAUGUGAUAGCAUUUUGCUCUAGGUUUAUUUAGUAUUUUUAUGCUGGGAAAUGUUGUUUUUUUUUUUUUUUCUGUCACUUUACUUGAGUUUAUGAAUCCAACAAAAUUGAUCACUGGCAAAUAUAUUUAAAGACAGGCAGAAACUGCUGCCAGAUUAGGCAGAGAUACUUUUUUACCUUUUAUGAUUAAUGUAACUGGUAUAAAGUUCAACAUGCAUACUAAAGCAGUAUAACAAUGACACAAACUGUUUCAAAUAGUACUCACAGCUCCACUGUUCAGAGGAAGGUCCAUGAAAUAACCAUGGUCAUGUAACAAAAUUAUGAAUUACCAGAGAUUGUUUUAUAAUCCCCUGAUAUUUAUUAUCCCUUAUAGGGUAAUAAAAGCAAAAUAUUACAUCACCAUUAAUAGCAAAAUGUGUAUGACUGUGCAAAGCAAAAAUUGAUAGCUAUAGUCUACAUUUUUCAUUGAUAAACUUUUUCAAAACCUCUUUGCACCACUACUAACAGCAGACUAAAUAAGACCUCAAGAUAGCCAGUCUCCACCCUGGUUUAUUAAUUGCUGAACGAUUGAAAAUGUCUCUAAGACUAAGUUGUAGAAAAUGUCUACUAAGACACAUUAAUCGCUGCCCAGAACUAUGCACCAAAUAAAAAAAAAACAUAAAAUCCAUAAAUGCAAAUAGCAGCAUAUGAAUGAAUUGUACUAACAGAUCAUGGUCGCUACUAUAAGAUAAAUAUAUAUAAUAUCCUUCCUUUACUUGCGAUCAGAGGGAUUCUUGUCAUCUUUUUAAGAUUCACUAAAUGUAUUCAUCUCAUAGUAGCGAUUGUGAUCGAUACAUACAAUCCAUUCAUAUGCCGCUAUUUGUAUUUAUGGAUAUUUUGUUAAAUUGAUUAAUGACUCUUAAUGAGACAUUUUCAAUCAUUCAGCAAAAUAUUAACUGGGGUGGGGAUUAGCUAUAUUGAGGUCCUAUUCAGUCUGUUUUUGGCAGUGUUGUAAAGAGGUCUUGAAAAAGUUUAUCAACUAAACGCUUAGAAUAUUUAUAGCUUUCAUUACUUGCUCUUCAUCGCAUUUAUACACUUUUUACUACUCAUGAUGAAUAAAAAAAGAUUAGUUGAGUUUGAAGACUGUCUCUGUGAGUUCAUGUUUUUGUUUACAUGACCAUAGUGUAAUUGAUGACAAGUGCUGGCAGGGUUUUAUGGGGUAUGCUCAACUCUCCAGCUGAAAACAGUUGGAAGCUUGGUAUUAGCUGACAAAUACUACCUACUUGUUUGUAUGGGCAGAGCUCACUAAAGGAAGCUGCAAACCUUGGUGAUUUACAACAAAUGCAGACGCUCGACAGAUGAGCAUUAUAUUUUUUAUUUAUGGGCAAUCAAUGGGAGAUUCACAGGGAAAUUAACAGGAAAUUAAAGUUAUAAUUACCCCUCCUACCAAAUAGGUUGUCCUGUUUUAUUUUAUGCUCACCAGGCCACUUUUUAAAAAAAAUGCCCAGCCAGUAGAGUUCAGCCUCUAUCUAACUGCAGACAAAGUUUAUGCAGCCCUAUUAAAGAUGACUCCCUGGGUGUACCCCUUUUAGUGACCAGGGGUCACUCUCUAGAGAUGACAAUGGUAUAUGGGGAAGCCUCUAUUUUUAACAUACUGGGUCAGGUUUUCAGAUUUUUGGAAAACAGACUUGCAGUAAACUAUUUGCAUUUUUCCAGCUGGCAAGUUCAUUUUUUUUCAUGUUUUUAGUAAGUUUAUCAGUAGUAUUCAUUGUUAUUAUCAUUGGUUACUGGUAUAACUUUGGAGGAUUUAUUGUUAUAACAGUUUACCCUGUUUGCUAGUAUGGUGCUUCUUUGUUACAAAUUAUUACUAUUUAUUAUUUACAAAUGGGUCAUAUUUAGAAGAUUUAUAGGUGAACAUAUAGGUAAGUCUUUCAUACCCUUUGUUGGCAUUCUGCUGUCUAUCAUGUCUCUAUAAUUGAGAUUUAUGGUCUUGCAGGCAUUGAAUUCUUGGGUGUUGUGAGUUCUUGCUUUUGCCAUUUUGAAGUGGCAGUUGUGGUUCUUAGCAUCUGGGGUUUUUAUGCUUGCACAGCCCUGGUCUAACCAUUUUAUGCAGCCUUUGGAUGAUUUUCACAGACAUGCUAUGCUCUCUACUCGCCUAAUGAGUCACCGUGAGAAGAGACUUAUUGAUAUCCAUUCAGGAAAGUUUCCAUUAAUUCUGCUGUACAUAUGUUGUCUUUCCUUUUAACAGGUUUUUGAUUUUUCAUACAUUUUUGGUUGCCUGUUUUAUUUCCCUCCCGUCAGAUGUUUAGUGUGGGUAUUACCCUAUUGUGAUGCUGCCAUGGAUUGACAAGGAAAAUGUUGCCACACUAACUGUAAUUUUCUUUUCCUGCAUACACCCAUGAUGACAUCCCUCCUUAUCACUUCUUUCUUAGGAGUUUGGAAUUUAGACUUGAGAACCUAUCUGGUAGCAGGGCUGUUUAUAGCUGUAAUUUCCUAAACAGUCAAGCAGGCAGAACUAACCAUACUGUGAUGCUGCCAUGUAAAUAUCCAGGAAAAGAAAAUGACACAAAGCCUGUCUAAAUUUUCCUUAUUUUUUCGUAAUUUAUAUAAAGUAGUAUAGGGUCACGGUAAAGCAGGCAUCUUUUGUGUGAAACCCUCUAUUUAAAUUGUGAUAAGCCUGCAAGCAUGAAUCAAAUACAGAGAACUUGGAACUUUAGAAAAUAUUAUGUUUCUCUACAGAUUAUUUUAUAUAUGCAUAUUACGCACACAAUGUUCCACUGUAAGAAAAGGUCCUUUUGUAAAAAUACAUGUGCCCUCAAAAUCUCUUUGCUCAUUCAAAGCGUUGUAGCAUUACAACAUGCAAAUCAUUUGUACUUUACUAACUUUCAUAGUCAGAAAUUGACCUGUAUGCAGGUGCCAAGUUGUAAUUCCUUUAUGGCAUAUAAAAUAUGAUGGAGUUUUAUAUUGUAAAAAAAGCACACUACUUCUACAGAUAUAAAAACCUAUUUGUAAGAAUGUCACACUAUAAGGUUACAUAAGUUCCCAUAAAUCAAGUCUUAUCUCCUUAAAACAUUGAAAUGAUAAACAUCCUAACUAACCUUUAAGCUAUCUCUCAGUAAUAAGGCGAUCAUUGCUUUAUAUGAAGUGAAAAUAAGACCUGUUAAAAGGUCACUGUAGUCACUAUAACAAUUUAAUCUCAUUAAAAUGGUCAUAGUGCAUCGAGUUAUAGGGAUUCUCUAUUAGCAUUAAACCAUUAAAAACUGUUUAAUGCUGAAUUAAAUAAGGAUACCAGGGGACUCCAGACACUAUAACCAGGUUAAUGAGAUGAAGCAGAUACAGGGCCUACAGUGUCCAUUUAAUGAUUUCAGCUCCCAUGUACAUAAGCCUAAUUUUUGUAGCAACACCUUGUUGAUGGUUUCUUUCUCUCCUCCUAAAAUAAUUAUUGUACAUUUUCUUUCUUUCUUUCUUUCUUUCUUACAGGGGUUCCCACCUUGUCCUACAGAAGAGCUGUUGUCCUAUUUAUACUUCCAUGAUCUGCACUCAAAAUGGUGUUUUUCCCCCAAAGAAAAGGUGCUGGGCUCCUCCGACUGCAGUAUACUACCCUACCAUAAGUGAGCGUGUUUACCACACAUCUAGAUUAAAUCUGCAGAACAAACCUCCUCCUCCUCCUCCUCCUCUUCCUCCUCCUCCUCCAGAGCUACCUUCAGUAGAACCAGAGAAAACUCCAGAAGUUGUGCAAAAGUCCCUGGGCCAGAAAGUGAUGGCUGAGAUCAAGCACUACUACAAUGGCUUCCAUCUUCUCUGGAUUGAUACCAAAGUGGCUGCCCGUAUGGUUUGGAGACUGUUACAUGGACAAGUGCUGAGUCGUAGGGAAAGGAGAAGGGUAUGUUAAGACUUAUUAGACAUACCUUCUCAAAGAUUUCAUGUUACCUGUUAAUCCUCUAUAUGUUAUUGAAAUAUUUAUGUUCAUGCUGCUAAAUAUUGGUCAUGAAAAGUAGGGGCAGCUGAAAUUUUCAGCCGAAAAUGGGCCUAUCCUGUUUCGUUUAACAGACAUGCUUGCAUUAACAAUUCAGAUGAUUAUAUAUCACAAUGAAAGAUAGUAAUGAUGACAGGAAUAGUCAAUAAUACUGCACUUGGGACAGGGGAGGGGGGAGAACACUAUGGGACAAGGGAGGGGGGAAGAAAACACUAUGGGACAAGGGAGGGGGGAAAAAAGAACACCAUGGGACAGGAGGGGGGAGGGAGAAAAGGGCACUAUGGGACAGGGGAGGGGAGGGAGAAAAGGGCACUAUGGGACAGGGGAGGUGGAGGGAGAAAAGGGCACCAGGGACAGGGGACGGGAGGAGAAAAGAGCACUAUGGGACAGGGGACGGGAGGGAGAAAAGAGCACCAUGGGACAGGGGAGGGAGAAAAGAGCACUAUGGGACGGACGGGAGGGGAGAAAAGAGCACCAUGGACAGGACGGAGGGAGAAAAGAGCACUAUGGGACAGGGGGGGAGGGAGAAAAGAGCACUAUGGACAGGGACGGGAGGAGAAAAGAGCACCAUGGGACAGGAGGAAGAGGGGGGGAGGGGAAGAGCACAGGGAGGGGGGAAGAACCUCAUGGGACAGGAGGGGGAAGAACACUAUGGGACAGGAGGGGAAAGAACACUAUGGGACAGGAGGGGAAAGAACACCAUGGACAGGGAGGGGGGGGGAAAGAACACUAUGGGACAGGGAGGGGGGGGCGGAAAGAACACUAUGGGACAGGAGGGGACGGGGAAAGAACACCAUGGGACCGAGGGGGGCAGGAAAGAACACCAUGGGACCGGCAAAAGAACACCAUGGGACCGAGAGGGGGGGCGGAAAGAACACCAUGGGACCGAGGGGGGAGGAAAGAACACUAUGGGACGGGGAGGGGGGAAACACUAUGGGACAGGGGCGGGGGGAAAGAACACUAUGGGACUGGGAGGGGGGAAACACUAUGGGACUGGGAGGGGGGAACACUAUAGAACGGGUGGACACACACACACUAUGGGACUGGAGAGGAGGGAGGAAAGAACACUAACAAAAAGGGAGAGGAACACUAGAGUCAUUUUCAGUUUCGGUUUUCGGCCAAGGGCAUCCUGAAUUUUUUUAUUUCGGUUUCGGCCCAGAAUUUACUGACCUCAGUAGUAAUGAUAGUGAUAUAGUUAGUUAGUUUUAUUUAUAAUGCCUGAAAUGUACAGGACAUUCCAAUGCUUUACCAUGGAGACAUUUUAUCAACUUACAUAUCAACUCUCUUUAAAAGAAAAAGGUUCUUGCUCAUAAUCAUUAUAUGUAUAUAGCAAUACUAUUUACUAGGACAAACUAGGUGACAUCACUAGAUUUGAACAUGACAGUAAUACAAACUUUAUUUUUCAGGACCUAUUUCAGCUAUAUCUGAGUGUAAUUGCUCCCUUCAUUCCGAGUUAAUUCAUACUAAAUUAAAGGAACACUAUAGGGUCAGGAGCACAAACAUGUAUUCUUGACCCUAUAGUGUUAAAACCACCAUCUAGCAUCCCUGGUCCCCCUUACCCCUCCUAAUAUAGUAAAUCUAACUUUUGUUCAAGUCUGCAGCUGCUGGCACUGCCCCUGAUCUACCUGCUUGACUGACAUCACCAGUAGUGUGGUUUUAAGCCAAUCACAAUGGUUUCACAUAGGAUUGGCAGAGCCAAACACAGCCCUGGCCAAUCAGCAUUUCCUUAUAGAAAUGCAUUGAAUCAAUGCAUCUCUAUGAGGAAAGUUCAGUGUCUGCAUCUUUAGCAGCCAUCUGUGGAGUGGUCAGUGGACUGUAAUGUAAACCUUGCAUUUUCUCUGAAAGCACAGUGUUUACUGCAAAAAGCAUGAAGGGAAUGAUUCUACUCAAAAGAACAAAUAUAAUAUGCUGUAGUUGUUCAAGUAACUAUAGUGUCCCUUUAAAUAGAACAGUUGUUGAUUUUAGCAAUACUGACCUCUUACAAAACUCUUUCCCAAGCAAUACAAAACUGACUAUAUUAUUACUUAUGAUCUUGCAUUGUUGUUUUUUUUUGUUUUUUUUUCCCUCUCUCUUUCAGCUAAUGAGGACAUGUGCAGAUCUUUUCAGACUUUUGCCGUUCAUGGUAUUUGUAAUUGUACCCUUCAUGGAGUUCCUGCUUCCCGUGUUCCUUAAACUGUUUCCGGAAAUGCUACCUUCAACAUUUGAGACAGAAUCAAAAAAGGUUGGUGAUAUUCUGCUUAAAUAUUUAUUGGGGAUCGACCGAUAUUGAUUUUUUUUAGUGCCGAUACCAAUACCAAUAGUCUGUGAACUUUCAGGCCGAUAGCUGAUAACUUACCGAUACCGAUAUUCUGUACAUUUACCAUUUUAAAAAAAUAAACAAUUUCUACACAAAUCUACUGUUAACUGAACAUGUUUAUUAUUUAUUUAUUUGCAAAUCUUUUUUUAUUAAGGUAAAUGCACAAAAUAUACUUGUUUUCAAGAAUAUAUGUGUGUGUUUAGUGGAUGCAGUGAGCGUAUUUGAUUACUGAAUGCAGUGUGUGUGUGUGUGUAGUGGAUGCAGUGUAUUUUUGUGUAGUGGAUGCAGUGUGUGUUUGUGUAGUGUGUGUAUAUAAUGAAUGCAGAGUGUGUGUUUGUGUAUUGUGUGUAUAUAAUGAAUGCAGAGUGUGUGUGUGUGUAGUGUGUAUAUAAUGAAUGCAGAGUGUGUGUGUUUGUGUAGUGUUUAUAGUGAAUGCAGUGUGUUUGUGUAGUAUGUGUAUAUAAUGAAUGUAGUGUGUGUUUGUGUAGGUAUGUUAAGUGUGUAAAGUGGGGGAGGGGCAUUUUAAAUUUUUUUUUUUUUAUAAAUAUAAUUUUUUUUAUUUUUUUUUUAUUUUUUUUAGUGUGGGGGGAUAUGGCAUUCCCUGGUGGUCCGGUGGCACACUCUUACUUACCUUCCCAGCAGCUCCCUUCAGCUCCCCUGUCUAACUCUCACGGCCUGUGUGCCGUGCGGAGCAUUGCCAUGGUAACCCAUGGCAACGCUCCGACGGCCGCGGGACUAACGCAAGAGUUAGACAGGGGAGCUGAAAGGAGCUGCUGGGAAGGUAAGUAAGAGUGUGCUGGGCCCUUUUUUUUAAUUGCCGAUUUUUAUCAACCAUGGUUAAAGGGAUACUAUAGUCACCAGAACAACUACAGCUUAUUGAAUUUGUUCUGGUGAGUAGAAUCAUUACCUUCAGGCUUUUUGCUGUAAACACUGUCUUUUCAGAGAAAAUGCAGUGUUUACAUUACAGCCUAGUGAUAACUUCACUGGCCACUCCUCAGAUAGCUGUUAGAGAUCCUUCCUGGGUCAUGGCUGCCUAAAAUGCUUCCAAACAUUCAGUAUCUCUUCCCUCUGCAUGCAAACACUGAACUUUCUUCAUAGAUAUUCAUUGAUUCAAUGUAUCUCUAUGAGGAGAUGCUGAUUGGCCAGGGCUGUUUUUGAAUUGUGCUGGCUCUGCCCCUGAUCUGCCUCUUUGUCAGUCUCAGCCAAUCCUAUGGGGAAGCAUUGUGAUUUGAUCAGACUACCACUUGUGCUGAUGGCAGUGGGCAGGUCUAAAGGAAACACAGACAAAGUAAGCAGCUGCAGACUUGACUACAAGUAAGAUUUUACUAUAUUUAGGGAGGCAUGAGGGAACCAGGGAGGCUAGAGGGUGGUUUUAACCCUAUAGGGUCAGGAAUACAUGUUUGUGUUCCUGACCCUAUAGUGCUCCUUUAACUGUAACCCCCUCUUGUCUUCUUAAGAAAUUGAUAUCUAUUUUAUCAUAGAAUAUAGUAAUAAAUAAACCUGUCUCAUUUUUUGAAUGAGUUUAUCUGAGAUACAGGAGAAAGUUGUUGGUAUGGUGUUGCCCCCUGAAUUAUGAGAUGUUCCUGCAUGUUAUGUAAUUUUCCAGGCUGUUUUAACUCCUUCUUGGUUGUUGUCAUUACAGGAGGAGAAGAUGAAGAAGAAGCUUGCUGCCAAACUAGAGAUGGCCAAAUUCCUUCAGGAAACAAUAUCUGAGAUGGCUAGGAGGAACAAAGCUGAAACAGGGGGAGAUAGUCAGCAACAGUUCUCAUCUUUUUUCCAGCAGGUACAUUUGUGAAUCGAUUUGUUCUUUAAUAACUAUAUUUGCAUCUAGGAACAGCACACUGGUAAUUUUAUGCCAAAAAUCUUACUGAGUAGAAUUAGGUUAACUUUAACAAAUAUCAUAAAAGAAAGUGGGUCAAUUGCAUGUGGGCACGUACAUGUAGUGGUCAUGGUGCCAUUAGACUGUGUGUUCUGUUUGCUGAUUCUUUGUCAAACCAUUUAUAUAUUUAUUUUGAGCAAUUUGACCAAAAUUUGGGGUCCUUACGUCUUCUGCAGUCUGGCCUUCACUUGCCGUAUUUGCUCACGCAAUCGUUCUUCUGUAUUAGCAGGGCUAUUCAUUGGUCAGAUUACAUAGUGAAGAUCUGCAUUUGUGGAAAAAAGUUAAAUGGUUAUUCCAACCAAAUAAAUAUAAACUUGCCAGCAAUCCCACACCAAAGUCAAGUUCUUCCUAAAGCCUGGUCCUUCUCUGGUGAUAUCACUUCCCUUCGCGGCAGAAGGAGGGACGUCCCGGAAGGUAGGUUGAGGGAUGGCCCUGCAACCAUUGGUUGUCUGUCACCCACUUCCUAUGCUGAUUACAGGCAACCAAUAACCACAAAAUGUUUGUUUCAGACGGGCGGAAGAUGCUGCCACAGGUGAAGUUACACCACCAGUAGCAAAGUGCUUUACUCUGUAUUAUUAAAUUAAAGUGCUGUGCAUAUUAACUCCAACCACUAUGACUACUUCCAAACGCUGAAAAACUCUUUAAAAAUUUAAUCUGUACAUGUACUUAAAUCAGCAGAGAAUUUGUGAAUUAUAUCUUCUCAAAGAACCCAGCUGUGGCUUAUAUCAUUAUUCACACUUGAAGGACGUACAAGAAAUUGUGAACCUGAACCUUUAACCCCUUAACGCUGUUAUAUAAUACUAUGCCAUCCUGCACGACGUGGGCUUAUAUGCUGUUAUGGCAAACCAGGCAGUCCCUCUGCUGCUCUUCCGGGCCAUGUGAUUGCUAUGACAUUGCGUUCACAUGGCCGGGGCAGCCGUUUGAAGCACUUUUUUUAGAAAGUUACAGGGCUAAAUAUAGGGCUUGCAAAUUAAAUUCGCUGGAUUUUCUGCGUGGGUUGUUAGGCAGUCCCCCAAGUUACAAAUAAUAAUAAAACAAAAUACCUCACAAAUAUAUUUUUUAUAUAUAAUAAGAAUGAAAUUAUAUAAAUAUUAAAUUCUUAGUUUAUUUUGAGAUAGAUAGAUAGAUAUAUAUAUAUAUAUAUAUAUAUAUAUAUAUAUAUAUAUAUAUAUAUAUAUAUAUAUCUCUAUCUAUCUCAAAAUAAACUAAUAAUAAAUAAAUAUAUAUAUAUAUAUAUAUAUAUAUAUAUAUAUUACUCUUUUUAUUUUUGAGAUAGAUAUCUCAAAAUACACUUAGAAUGAAAUAUAGAAUGACAGACAGUAGAAUUUCACCUUUGGCUUUAUGUGAGGAAGAAAAUGUGUGCAUCUGCUGUAGAAAUUAUACUGUUUUUGUUUGUUGGUGUGAAUUGUAACCUAAUUUAAAAAUAUAAUUUAGUAGUUUUGUAUUUACACUGUCUUCGCUUCCUCCAAGAGGUGGUGAAUGUAUUAGUUGUUGGAACCCUUUCAUAUUUACCCUAUGUGCUUUUUGAUCCCUUUGUAUAAUUUGCAGGUUCGAGGGACAGGGGAGCAACCAAGUACCAAAGAGAUUGUUCGCUUUUCAAAGUUGUUUGAGGAUGAACUGACCUUGGAGCAUCUAGAGAGGUCACAGCUUGCUGCUUUGUGUCGGCUGCUUGAACUUCAACCAAUUGGCACCAACAACUUGCUCCGCUUUCAGCUGCUCAUGAAGCUCCGGUCUAUACGUGCAGAUGAUGAGGUAAGGUUAAAGAAAAGAAAAACACAAACUACCAACAGACAUUUUAAACAUCUGUCUCGUGCUGUUUGUACAGCUCCUCCAUUCACUCCAAAAGAAUUCUAGGCUCCACCAAAUGGACAGGGGGCAUACACUAUAUCAAUCUGUUUCUUUUCAACUGGUAUAAUAAUAGUGUAUGCCACAUUUUUUGAAUAUGAUCAUUGCUCUGUGUAUGCUGAUCUCUGAAUCCAGAAUGAUGUAGGGUUUGUGCUCUACCCAGGGAAUGCUACUUUUGUUUCCAGUUUAAAGAUUCAUUUUAAGCACCAAACUAACUUCAGCUUAAUUAAGUGGUUUUGUUGCAUAGAUCAAUAGAUCAUGCCCACUGCUCAAUUCUUUACUAUUUAGGACUUCCCUGGCUAUGCACAGCCUCCCCAAACACUUUCUGAACAAAGUUUUAUAUCCAAAUGUAAUAUUUAUUUUCAUGAAAGUGUUUUUUUAAAUGUGUGUUUAUGUAUUUGUUUGGUUCAGCUUAAUUGCAGUACUUGCAGUAGAGGUAGAGAAUAUUGGGGGGGUUAGGGAUAUUUGUUCAAGUGUAUUAAAUAAAUACAUUUUUGAUCUUAGCCCUUCCCUUUAAUGGUGUAUACUCACUGCUUAGUUUAUCAAUUGGGAAACAGAGCAGCAUUCUCUAAUCAGUGACCAUAUACACUGUAUCAUUCCACAGGUAAGAGGCACCAUAUACUGGGCUGUGAGUAUAGUUUGUAUCAAUAUGGAAACGGACAGCAGUGAUUAUUAUUUUUACUGGUAUUUAUAUAAUGCCAGCUUAUUCUGCAGCGCUUCACAAUAAAAGGGGAAUUUACCAAAUAAGACAAUAACAAAAUGUAACAGGAACAAUAGGUAGAUGAGGACCCUGCUCAAACAAGCUUAUGGUCUAGAGGAGGUGGGGUAUAAAAACACAAUAGGAAGGGUAUUGAGAUAGACAGCAAAUAGACAUAGUGGGAAAGAGUGGUGUGUGGCCCUAUAGGAGAGAGCGAGAGGAAGGUUUGAGAGAUAGAAGUUACUCUUGGAGGCCAAAAGCAUUCCUGAAAAGAUGGGUUUUGAGGGACGUCUUAAAGGAUUGAAGACUAGGGGAAAGCCUGACAGGAGUAGGCAGGCUGUUCCAAAGGAAAGGAGAUGCCUGUGAGAAGUCUUGCAGGUGUGAAUUUGCGGUAAGGGUGCGAGCAGCAGACAGGUCACCAGUACAGCGGAGAGACCGAGAGGGGGCAUACCUAUGAAUCAGUGAAGAAAUGUAAGAGGGGCUAGAGUUGGUUAGAGCUUUAUAGGUAAUGGUUAGUAUUUUGACUUGACACCUGUAGGGUACAGGAAAUCAGUGUAAGGAUUGACAGAGAGGUGAGGUGUGAGAGGAGCGACAGGAGAGAAAGAUCAGCCUGGCAGCAGCAUUCACCACAGAUUGUAGGGGGGCAGUACUGCUUCUGGGGAAACCAACUAGGAGAGAAAUACAGUAAUCGAUGCGAGAGAUUACUAGAGAAUGAACCAGCUCCUUGGCAUCAUCUUGCGUAAGAAAGGGGGUAUGAGGAGAAUGUUUUUAAGUUGGAAUCGACAGGUUUUAGCAACAGGCUGGACACGAGGCGCAAAGGUGAGGCCAGGAUCAAAAGUGACACCAACACAGCAAGCUUGAAAGGAUGGGGUGAUGCAAGUACCGUCAACCUGCAGGGACAGUGAAGGAGGAGGAAAAAUUCAUUGUAUGCGUCUUGCUGACUGUGAAUGUUACUAUCCAUGCUGCUAUCUGACUUUUUUAGAAUACUACAUUCUACUGUAAUUACCCGGUUUAUGAAACAGUGAAUGUAUGAAAAUGUCAAAGUAAGAUGAACCAGUUGCUAGUAUGCCUCAUUGAGUAUGCACAGAUUAUCAGAGAAUGGUUGCUGAAAAGCAGAAAUCCUCACUUCUUUCCCUUGCCCUUUACCGUAGAUGAUCGCUAAGGAAGGUGUGAAUAACCUUACUGUGGUCGAGCUUCAGUCUGCAAGCAGGACCCGCGGAAUGAAAUCUUUGGGCCUCACUGAGGACCAGCUCAAGGAGCAAAUGAGUCAGGUAUUUUAGACAAUUGGUAUCACUAUUCAUUCAUGCUAAGUCAUUCAGCUUGUAGUAAUUUAAAUUACACCUGUAUGUUGUUGGACUGUAUUGGCACAUAAAGAAUAUUCAGUACUGCAUGUUCUCUAUCAGUCGAUAACAGUGAUGGAUAAUAUUUGACACCGCGGCUGUGUACUAUAUGUUUUGCCAGCCAAUUAUUAAUGCUGUGAUGCUCAGCCAGCCAGCCAAAUGUUCACACAAAUAAUCAUUCCAAUUUCCAAUAAAUCUGCUAAUCUAAGCUACACUUAAUAUAUCAUUAAGAUAUACUUUGAUCCAGAUAUUAAAAUUUAUUUCCACUUCCCCAGUGGCUGGACCUGCACUUGAAAGAGAAUGUUCCUCCUUCUCUCUUGCUCCUCUCUCGAGCCUUUUACCUCACGGAUGUAAAACCCAAAUCAAUUUUGCCAGUGAAACAGACUGUGGAGGUAAGCCAUCAAGAGCAAUACAUUUUUUUGGGAUGCUUGAACUUUUUUGAGUACAUUUUGUUUAAAAAAAUAAAAUAAAAAAUAAAAAUGUAUCCAUCUCUGCUUUUCUUCCCCUCUAAACACCCUAUUUAUAUGUUUAUACUGUCCUCAUGUUUAUAGUUUAGAGCUUCACCAUGGUGGACAAACAGUUUUAUUGUUUUGUUUUUUUUGGUUUGGCAGGGUGUUAUUUAGGUCCCAGUGAGGAGCGUUAUGGUAUAUAAGGGAUAUGUUUGGCAGAACAUUUAGUAAAAUACUCUAUUCAUACUGUUCCUUGUGGCAGGAAGUUUGGGAUCUUAGUUUCAACUGUGUGAUAUCCAGUUAUUUCACCAGUCAAUAGACCUUUAAUUGGAUAAACAGUGUUGGGGAUGUCUUAAUGCAGAGGGGACCUUUCUAAACAUUUGCCAGAAUUGCCAUUUGCUUUGGCCAAACAUAUCACAAAUACACACAAUUAUAAAAAAUAAAAAUAAAUCAAUUAUGACAAAUCCCCCACCCAAACAUGCCCCUCUGUUAUUGCACAACCUAGCCUUCAUAUAUAAAAGUCUAUGACGAUAAGGAUCUGUAAAGUGGCAAAGGAGCCGGUACCUCUCCUUUGGAGACAGACUAGCAAUUGACCUCUGGGUCUGUGGUUCAAACGCAUAGACAAAUCCCCAAACCUUAAUUCUUUGAUUUCUAUAGACAAAGAGGGUACUACGCAAAAAUAAUAGGUCAGAGGGAAUGGUUUGCCCAACCCUUCCUGUAGGUACCUAGUGCAUGCAUUAUUAUAAACGUAAGACUCUGAAAGUUUAACCGUAGAGGGAGUUAGUUUUUUGUUUUCUGUUGACAGUUUAAAGAAUAUUUUAUUGAUGGUAGUGGCUAUUGCCAAAGUUUUGCCUUGUUUUUAUUUUUUGUUUUUUAUUGGACGGUCACUACUAGAGAUAACCAAAGGUUACAUUUCACUAUUGAAAGUGUUGUGUGUAAAACUGUAUUUGACCUAUCAAAUGGACCUUGAGACUGUAUUUCUCUUUGAAAUUGAAUAACAAUUUUGAUUUAGAUACUGUUCCUGGUUUGAAAAAGCACAAGCAUUCCUGUAAUGUUACAAAAUGCAUUGAGCAGACGUGGAAUCAUAAUACAUAUUGUGAUAACAAGGGAGCCUUUGGUUGUCAUCAUCAAAAGUCUGUUUUAAAGUCUGGGGGCUGACUCAUAUUAUGAAUGCAUGGCGUCUCUGUUGCUUGAGUGAUUGCUCUCAUAUAUCAAUUACUUUGAAUAAUAGAUAUUUAUUGAACAGAAUUGUGGGACUGUUCGCCCCCUAGUGUCUUGUAGUGUAAUUUACCUCCUUAUUUACACAUCUCCAAUGCUUUGUAAUCCUGUAAACAACAUUUGCUGUAACCCUCAAUCAAUGUUAUAUAUGCAUUCCUUAGGUCACAAAGAAUACCUCUCCUCUGGCCGAGCCCACAGACACUGCGGAUAAACUAAAUGACCCUGCUCCAACUGUGAAGGGUGUAGAGGUAAUUAUUGCUCAGAUUUCUUCUCCUUCAUCCACUAUCAUUUUUAUUAUGGCAACAUUACACCAUUUCUAGGGCAACAAAACAAAGCAUUUUAUGUAUUUGUUAUUGGUUUGUUUGAUUAUUAUUGGGUUUUUUUGUCCACAAUUGCACCAGUUUAUCUUGCUGCAAAUCAAUCUUUCUUUCCUAGUGUAUGCAUGUACUGUAUUUGAGUAAAUGGUAUUUCUAAGACAGAAAACUAUGAUCUGAUUUCUGUGAUUGAUAUCUGAAUUUGUUAAAGGGAGGGACAAUCCAGGCUAGAACGGAACCACAUUUGUACUGCAUUACAUAUAUGCAAAAUAUAAAAAUAGUUUUAAAUCAAAUCACUUACCUACUGAAGUUUUGGCAUUUGUAAAUCAGCAGGAGUUUCAGAUUCCAGCCCAAAAAUGGUACUAGUUGAUAGGAUUUAUUGAUUGAUGUCAAAGUAAAGACAAAUAAGUCAAUGGGACCUGAUGGAAUACACCCAAAGUUAUUAAAAGAGCUUAGAGGUGUACUAGCAAAACCAUUAACAGCUUUAUUUAACCAAUUAUUCUUAACAGGAGUAGUCCCAGAAGAUUGGAAGUUAGCGAAUGUUGUGCCCAUUCACAAGAAAGGAAGUAGGGAGGAGUCGGGCAACUAUAGGCCAGUAAGCCUUACUUCAGUAGUGGGGAAAGUAAUGGAAACCAUGUUAAAGGAUAGGAUUGUUGAACAUCUAAAAACACAUGGAUUUCAAGAUCAGAGACAACAUGGGUUUACUUCAGGGAGGUCAUGCCAAAUUAAUCUUUGAUUUUUUGAUUGGGUAACUAAAAUAAUAGAUCAGGGUGGUGCGGUAGACAUUGCUUACCUAGAUUUCAGUAAGGCUUUUGACACUGUUGCACAUAUCAAUAAACUGCAAUCUUUAAGUUUGGAUUCCAAUAUUGUUGAAUGGGUAAGGCAGUGGCUGAGUGACAGGCAACAGAGGGUUGUAGUCAAUGGAGUAUAUUCGAAGCUUGGGCUUGUCACCAGUGGGGUACCUCAGGGAUCUGUACUUGGACCCAUUCUCUUUAAUAUUUUUAUUAGUGAUAUUGCAGAAGGUCUUGAUGUCUUUUUGCUGAUGAUACUCUGAUAUGUAACAGGGUUGAUGUUCCAGGAGGGACAAGCCAAAUGGCAAAUGAUUUAGGUAAACUAGAAAAAUGGUCAGAGUUGUGACAACUGACAUUUAAUGUAGAUAAGUGCAAGAUAAUGCAUCUUGUUUUAAAUCAUGAGUUGUUGUUUGUACAAGUUUAUCAUAGCAUGUUGUAGCCUUAUAAUAUGUUACACGUUUCAUUUGGUAUCUAGCGCUCACCGCUCAAUGUUAUCUUAUAUGUACUCUGCACCGAACUAUGCAACACAUGUGGCUGGACAUUUAUACGGGCUAAUGGUCUUUCAAGACAAAACAAUCCUUUCAUAACGCACAGCCUGAUGUAGGCCUGUGUUAACGAUGCAGUUCUGGUAAAAGGAGAUACAUACUACCUCAUUAUUAAACAUGCUAUUAAAUAUUCUGUACUCAGUAGUAACGUGAACUAUAUCUCUUUUGUGGCCAAAGCGGUGCAUUUGUCUGGCAUUGUGUGGCCAUGGUAAAUCAUAUUUGUUAGCAUUAUGAUAAUGUUUCCUUAUUUGCACAAUAGGUAUGCUAUGAAGUAGAUAUACAGAUUUUUUUUUUUUAAUCUUUGUUUUGAUUGGGUUACUAAAAUAACAGAUCAGGGUGGUGCAGUAGACAUUGCUUACCUAGAUUUCAGUAAGGCUUUUGACACUGUUGCACAUAGAAGGCUUAUCAAUAAACUGCAAUCUUGUAAGUUUGGAUUCCAGUAUUGUUGAUUGAAUGGGUAAGGCAGUGGCUGAGUGAAAGGCAACAGAGGGUUGUAGUCAAUGGAGUAUGUUCGAAGCUUGGAAUUGUCACCAGUGGAGUAUCUCAGGGAUCCGUACUUCUAUUUAAUAUUUUUAUUAGUGAUAUUACAGAAGGUCUUGAUGGUAAGGUAUGUAUUUUUUUGCUGAUGAUACUAAGAUAUGUAACAAGGUUGAUGUUCCAGGAGGGAUAAGCCAAAUGGCAAAUGAUUUAGGUAAACUAGAAAAAUGGUCAGAGUUGUGGCAACUGACAUUUAAUGUGGAUAAGUGCAAGAUUAUGCAUCUUGGAUGUAAAAACCCAAUGGCAGAGUACAUAAUAUUUGAUAGAGUCCUAACCUCAACAUCUGAGGAAAGGGAUUUAGGGGUAAUUAUUUCUGAUGAGUUAUAGGCAGGCAGACAAUGUAAUAGAGUAGCAGGAAAUGCUAUCAGAAGGUGUGGUUGUAUAGGGAGAGGUAUUAGCAGUAGAAAGAGGGAAGUGCUCAUGCCAUUGUACAGAACACUAGUGAGACCUCACUUGAAGUAUUGUACGCAGUACUGGAGACCAUAUCUUCAGAAGGAUAUUGAUACUUUAGAGAGAAUUCAGAGAAGGGCUAUUAAACUGGUUCAUGGAUUGCAGGAUAAAACUUACAUGGAAAGAUUAAAGGAACUUAACAUGUGUAGCUUGGAGGAAAGACAAGACGUAGGCAUAUGAUAGAAACAUUUAAAUAGAUAAAGGGAUUCAACACAGUAAAGUAUAUUUAAAAGAAUAAAAACUACAACAACAAGAGGACAUAGUCUUAAAUUAGAAGAGCAAAGGUUUAAAAAUAAUAUCAGGAAGUAUUAUUUUACUUAGAGGGUAGUGGAUGCAUGGAAUAGCCUUCCAGCUGAAGUGGUAGAGGUUAACACAGUAAAGGAGUUUAAGCAUGCGUGGUAUAGGCAUAAGGCUAGCCUAGCUAUAAGAUAAGGCCAGGUACUAAUGAAAGUAUUUUGAAAAUUGGGCAGACUAGAUGGACCGAAGGGUUCUUAUCUGCCGUCUCAUUCUAUGUUUCUAUAAAAGUUCCCAUUAUCGUUAAUGGGUAAAUGCUUGUUCAACAAAAGCUUUGGGUUAUGCAAUUAGCAAUUCCUUUCAUAGAAAACUUUAAAUGGAACUGCAAUCCAUGCUGCCUCCGUGUUGCUGAUUGGAAGUAAAGAUAUGGCCGCUGUCUGGUUACAGAAAGCUAUUAUGAAGCAACCCUGACUUGUGCAGACUUGCUUGUCUUGCUUGAGGCCUGCAGGCACAUGCUAUCCAAGCACUUACAUAGUCAUACGGCAGGGGUAGGCAACCUUUGGCACACCAGAUGUUGUGGACUAAAUCUACGGUGCAUUAGGGGAAAUGCAGUCCACAACAUCUAGAGCGCUGAAGGUUACCCAUGCCUGUUACGUCUUCUUGUGAUAAUUGGGGGGGAGGGGGAGGGGCAUAACCAAUGCAUGGAGUAUGUAUGGCGCUUUGUUAAAUUUUUUUGGGUAACUCUUUUUUUUUUUUUUUUUUUUUAAACAUUUCUACAGGGUGAAGACCUUUCGGUAAAACCUCCCUUAAGUAAAGCUGUUGAUCAGUCAAAAGAAAAAGUAAGUAAAGCAAACUGAGUUUCCACUAUGACCUGUCAAAAUAUGUUUUUUUUUUCCUUUGUUUUCAGUGGUUAUUACCUGUCACUUUUGUGCAUAACCAGGAAAAAUAUUAUUUUAUAUUUAAUAUGUAUUCUAACAUUCUGCACAGUAUUCCGCCCUAACGGCUUUUAAGCCCACAUUGUGCUGGGCACAUAGUAUGCCGUAACAACAUUAAAGUGCUACUGUUGUCUUUGGUGCUACCUUCUUUCCUCAGCAGCUCCUGACAACCUUGCCAAGAUUUACUAAACUUCAUGUGUUCCUGUGUGAUUUUCUCACAGGAGUGAAAAUACAAAAUGGUCCCGCAUGGUAGAUCUUAAAAUAAUAUGUGUAGCUGUUCCUUCAGUAAAUUAUUCUGACCUAAAUAGAUGGCCUACCAAUUUUGAGUACAAUUUUUAAAUAUUAUGGAUAAAAAAAACAAAAAAAAACUAACACAAUUAAGUCAAAGUUGACAUUUUUUUUUAUUUGUUUGUAUGUAUGUUUUUUUUUUGUUUUUUUUUGUAGGGGUGGUUUAAAGGGAUACUAUAAGCAUUACAACAACUUUAGUUAUUGAUGCAGUUUUAGUGUAUAGAUCAUGCCCAUGCAGUCUCACUGCUCAAUUCUCUGUCAUUUAGGAGUUAAAUCACCUGUUUCUGUCCAUGCAGGCUUAGCCUGGGUGACUCACACAGCCUGCAUGAGAAAAAUAAUUUAAUUUUCAAUCAAUUGUUAACUUUCUUUAGAAGUUUUUAUCUCCUGUUAUGUAAUUUAAACUUUAAUCACACACCGGAUAGACCUACUAACUGACCAGGAUUAAAGAUUAGCAGCUAUCGUGAAAGUUGACAUUGUAAAACUGGUCAUUAUGUUUUAUUAUUCAUGAUUUAUUUUAAUUUUCUUGAGUUAUCUUGAUUACACAUUUUUCUUCCAGAAGGCUAAAGCCAGUGCUAACGGGGUGUAGGUUCAAUGUGUGGCUGGAAUCACAACAUAUCCAAAGAUCUGGCUGUUCAUACUUUGGAACCAAAUCACCAAGAGGAAAUGCAUUCUUACAUCUUCUCUCCAAUAAAUCCUCCUGCAAAAUAUGCCUUGUAACAGAUCUACUUCAACUAAUGACCACUACGGUAAAAAGUGUUUAGAGGAUUGUGACAUUUUCAGUGGAGCUGCCUUUGUUCCUCUAUUUAAAGGUGCUGAGUAUUGCUAUACAGUUUGGACUACUAGCAGUGAACUCACUGUGAUUUAUCUAACAUGGAUUUCUCUCUCUAUUUAAAGUCCAGUGCACCAAGUAGAAAGGUUUUUGUUUGACACUGUGUACUUCCAAACCUGUAUGGACAAUGGGAAUAUGAUAAACUGUAUAGUGAUCAAAAUAUUUUGUGUACAGAGUCUGGUUGCAUAUUUGGGCAGCAUGUUUAUUUUUAUAAAAUGUUUAAAGUCAAUCAAAACCCUAGCCAUUUCCAAACACAUGAAGUAGAAGCUGCUUUUAUGUAAAUGAACUCUUUAUAUUUGUCUUAACUUAUACUUUAUGUAAAUAUGUACAUAUGUUUUUAGAUCAUGGAAGUUUAGAACAUUGUACAUUUUACACUGAUUUGAUAUUCUUGUAUGAACAGUGUUCCUAACGUCUGUUAUAGCACCUUAAAUAUAAAAUUCCUUUAUUUCCUUACUAUCUUCAAAUUAGCUUGUGUAUGACUCCACCAUUUAAAAAUAAGCUAACAUUUCCAGUCCCAUGCCAGAAGCACCUAUUUGGACGAAUUGCACAGCUGAUGGUAAAUGUUAUUGGAAUACAAUGUUUGCCUUUUAUUUGGAAAUGGAUCAGGCAUAACAACGUUCAUCCAUUCAGUACAAUAACCAUUGUUCUUAUCAGAACUUGUAUCAAAUCUGUGGUGUUUGUGCUUUUUUUGGUAAUAAAAUAAUUUACCAUUUUGUUUGGAUUUAUCCAUUUAAAGAGAUUGCUGUGUAAAUAAAUACAGACUAAUCUCAUUA